CCCGUCCAUCGAUUCAGGAUCCCUCCACCUCCAGAGUAUGCUCUAAUGGUGGGCACCAGACUCGGAUCUACUAUGCGAGAUCUACGUAUAUAAAGUGACCGGGGCGAGACGCAGGACCAGAAGCCUUGCACGCAUCGAUUAAAGAACUGCAUAUCCGUCAUUAUAGUCUCACUAAUACACUAUCUUAUAAUUUUUUCGGCGUAGCAAGGUUCGCGAUAAUCAUUUUCGCGAGUGACUUUUUUUUUGGCUUCGUGAUAAUAGAGAUAAAAUGAAAGGAGCAAUAGUACUGUUAGUAACGUGCCUAAUCAGCGCAACAUUCGGUAAUCCGAUGGAUAAAAUCGAGAAAAUCGGAGUAAUUGAGCACCACCAGCAGCAGCAGACUGUGACCUUGACCGAGCGUGCCAAGUACGAGGAAGAGUUGAUGCGUAAAUUGAAUAACAAGUGCUCGCAAAAUGACAUAAGCAGUUGUGUAAUGCUAAAGCUGGUCACUUACAUGAACAAGUUGCUCAAAAAAGCCUCCAUCGAGCUGACAGACGAUAUCGAAAUCCGAAAAACUAGCCAAGCAACCGAAGAAGUCAUCACCUACGAAGCAGGACGCAGCAGUGAUGACGAUUCUGAAUUCAUGGACCUCGUAACUGGAAAAAUCUACGCGUUCAUCAAGUCCCGGAGCAUCAAAUGGCGAGUGUUGCCUGAGGACGAUGUCGUAGUUUCUGCCUCUGAAGACGAGACCGGAUCUUUCAACCUUGGACUGUCUUUAGAAAGAGCCGACAACUCUGUGGUUGAUGGCCGCGGGAAAAAGGGCAACAACAUGGGACCUCUUCUAGCAGCAGCAGUUCUCAAAAUCGGGCUGAUCGGGGCCCUAGCCUUCAAAGGAUUAGCUUUGUUAGUGGGUAAAGCUCUGCUCCUUUCGAAGAUCGCGCUUCUUUUAGCGAGUAUCAUCGGUUUGAAGAAGCUCUUUUCACACCAGAAACACGUUACUUAUGAGGUUGUGGCGCACCCACAUCACUCCGCCAGUCACUCCUUCAGCGAAGGCCAUGGCCAUGACAGUUACUCUUCUGGUUGGGCGAGAAACUUUCACGGGCAAGUCUUACCCACAGAGCAGCGGUCAGCGCAGGAAUUGGCGUACUCUGCUCACAUUCCUGCUGCUGCUCAGCAAUCGGUAAAUUAGAGUUCGGGAACUUAUCCGCUAUCGGUUUAUCAUCCAUUAACAUUACCUAAUAUUUAUUUAUUUUAAUUAUAAUAUUUAUUUACUCCCUGACAUUCGCCCGGUUUUUUACUUAAAUUCGAUUAUUAGUGGUUUAUUCAUGACUUACGACGUGUGUAUAUUCUAUCGAACCCCAUACUCGGACCACUGACGCCAUUUUCUACGCACAUACUGUAGUGACUAGUGACGGUAGUUGUAAAUAUAAAAUUUUAAUUGAAUUUAUUCAUUUUAAUUAGUAUAAUAUAAUUUAUUUAUACUUGUACAGAAGACAGUAACUAACUAAUACAUUGACCGAUACGGACGUUGUAAUUAUUAGUUAUUAUUGAUAAUUAAUAAUUAUUUUUAAACUUGCGACUAUUCUUAAUGUAAGUCUCGUCAUAACUCAUUGAAUUGUUGAUCUUUUGUCAUCGUUCAUCUCAUUGCCUCUUUAUUUAAGGCUUCUCUUUUUGUAUAAUAACUUAUUGUUGUGUUAUAUGUUUGAUAAAUAUGUAUUUAUUGUUUUUAAUAAAAAUAUUGUUUAUUUAUUAA